CAUACACAAUUUCGUGAAACUCUUUGAAAGCCCAUUUUUAAAUUUCGAUAUUAUUUAUAGGCUUAUAGCUACUCUUUCUUCAUUCAUUUCUCACAAAAGAAAUAAGAAAAAACACAAAAUGGCCAUGAAGAAAUAUGUGGUAGAGAUUGAAAAAGCAAAAGAAGCAAAAGGUGGCAGGCCGUCGGUUGGUCCGGUGUACCGGAAUGUGCUGGCAAAAGAUGGAUUCCGGCCUCUCAAGGACGGUGUCAAUAGUUGUUGGGAUGUUUUCCGUUUAUCAGUGGAGAAAUAUCCUAACAACCAGAUGCUUGGCCAGCGGGAGAUUAUUGAUGGCAAGGCUGGUAAAUAUGUUUGGUUAACUUACAAAGAAGUAUAUGAUACUGUACUGAAUGUUGGAGAAUCUAUAUAUAGUCGUGGAAUUAAGAAAGGGGCACGAUGUGGAAUAUAUGGGAUAAAUUGCACUAAUUGGGUUGUAAGCAUGCAGGCCUGCAAUGCUCAUGGCCUUCAUUGUGUUCCUUUAUAUGACACUUUAGGUGCUGGUGCAGUGAAAUACAUCAUAUGUCAUGCAGAAGUCUCAAUUAUAUUUGCAGAAGCAACUAAAAUUUCUGAGGUGUUAAAAACUUUUCCUGAUACUGAGAAGUACUUGAAAACUCUUGUUAGCUUUAACACAAUCACAAAUGAGCAGAAGUUAGUUGCUGAAAAAUGUGGUUUGGAAAUUUAUUCUUGGGAAGAAUUUUUACAUCUGUCAAAGGAAGUUGAAGACAGAGUUGAGCUGCCAUUGAAGACUAGAAGUGACAUCUGUACAAUCAUGUAUACUAGUGGAACUACUGGUGAACCAAAAGGAGUGAUGUUAACCAAUGAAAGCAUUCUUUCAAUGUUGUCUGGAGUAAAUCACCACCUUGACAGCAUGAGUGAAGAGUUCCAAGUGAGCGAUGUAUUUUUUUCAUAUCUACCUCUUGCCCAUAUAUUCGAUCGGGUCAUUGAAGAAUUAUUCAUUUCCACUGGUGCCUCAAUAGGAUUUUGGCGUGGGGACAUAAAAUUAUUGAUAGACGAUGUGAAAGAGCUAAAGCCAACAGUGUUCUGUGCUGUGCCACGUGUGCUAGACAGAAUCUAUUCAGGGUUGCUGGAGAAAAUUUCUUCAGGCGGUUUUCUCAAGCAUACUUUAUUUAAUAUUGCAUAUACAUACAAACUGCAUAACAUGAUUCGAGGGUACAAACAUGAAGAGGCAGCACCAAGGUUUGACAAGAUUAUUUUUAGUAAGGUGAAAGAAGGUCUAGGAGGAAAAAUGCGACUUAUCUUAUCUGGAGCAGCACCUCUUUCUCCUUCUGUGGAAACCUUCUUAAGAGUGGUCACAUGUGCUCAUGUUCUUCAAGGAUAUGGUUUAACAGAAACGUGUGCGGGAUCAUUUGUUGCACAACCAAAUGAAUUAUCAAUGAGUGGGACAGUGGGCCCACCGUUACCAAAUGUGGAUGUAUGUUUAGUUUCAGUUCCCGAAAUGGGAUACGAUGCUCUGGGGAUGGGGCCCACUACACCUCCACGUGGAGAAAUAUUAUUACGUGGAAAUUCAUUAUUCUCUGGAUACUAUAAACGUCAAGACCUCACCAAAGAAGUUCUUGUAGAUGGAUGGUUCCACACAGGGGAUAUUGGGGAGUGGCAACCGGAUGGAAGCAUGAAAAUUAUUGACCGAAAAAAGAAUAUUUUUAAGCUUUCACAAGGCGAGGCAAAAUGGUCAUUUUACAUGUUUCAGAUAUGGGUAUAUGGAAACAGCUUUGAAUCUUUCCUUGUUGCGGUUGUGAACCCAAACAAAGAAUCACUUGAACAAUGGGCAGUAGAAAACGGGGUGGAUGGUGAUUUCUGUACCAUUUGUGAAAACCCGAAAACAAAUGCUUAUAUUCUUGGAGAGCUAAUGAAUAUUGCUAAAGAGAAAAAGUUGAAAGGUUUUGAAUUUGUGAAAGCUGUUCAUCUUGAUCCUGUACCAUUUGACAUGGAUCGUGAUCUGCUAACUCCAACCUUCAAGAAGAAGAGAGCCCAGUUUCUUAAAUACUACCAGAAUGUGGUGGAUGGUAUGUAUAAAAGCAGCCGAUAAUCAAGAUAUUUUCAGAUGCCUCUAAUAUAAUAUAAAUAAGCAAUAUAUUUUCUAUGAGGAUCCAAAUGAUUAUUUUCAGCUACUACCAAUCAGAUUAUAUUUCUACUUCAAACUUUAAAGUAGUUUUUUAUUUGAUUGCUAUCAAAGUGUGUUGUAGUAUUUCAUACAUUUUAUAUAUGUAUAUCGGAAAUUAUUAAUGAGUAU